AUGAGAUUGAGUUCGACGAAUAUGGAUGCUAGAAAGAUGUUAUUUGCUGCUAUUCUAUCUAUUUGUGCAUUAAGUUCGAAGAAGAUCUCAAUCUAUAAUGAAGAAAUGAUAGUAGCUCUUUGUUUUAUAGGCUUUAUCAUAUUCAGUCGUAAGAGUUUAGGUACGACUUUCAAAGCGACUCUCGACGGGAGAAUCCAGGCUAUUCAGGAAGAAUCGCAGCAAUUCCCCAAUCCUAACGAAGUAGUUCCUCCGGAAUCCAAUGAACAACAACGAUUACUUAGGAUCAGCUUGCGAAUUUGUGGCACCGUAGUAGAAUCAUUACCAAUGGCACGCUGUGCGCCUAAGUGCGAAAAGACAGUGCAAGCUUUGUUAUGCCGAAACCUAAAUGUUAAGUCAGCAACACUUACAAAUGCCACUUCUUCCCGUCGCAUCCGUUUUCAGGACGAUCUAGUCACAAAGUUUUACACCUUAGUGGGUAAUCAAUUUGCCUACUCUUCUAUCUCGAAAGCAGAAAGAGUAGAAUUCAUUCGAGAGAGCUUGGUGGUCUUAAGAAUGGUUCGGGGGGGGGGUUUCUCUUAA